GUGGUGCCUAACUUCAUCCAUAACCAUAAAUAGGGGUACUAGUAGCUAGCGAGUAGCCACUUCUCAAACUUGCAUUGAGUCUUGAGUGUUUCGUGACUUACAACAGCAACAAUGGCAGACGAGGUUGUUCUGUUGGAUACAUGGGCCAGCAUGUUUGGUAUGAGGGUUAGACUUGCUUUGGCUGAAAAGGGUGUCAAUUAUGACUAUAAGGAACAAGAUAUCGAAAACAAGAGCCCUUUGCUUCUUCAGAUGAACCCAAUUCACAAGAAGAUCCCAGUUCUGAUCCACAAUGGUAGAAUAAUUUGUGAAUCUGCAAUUAUAGUGCAGUACAUUGAUGAGGUUUGGAAUGACAAAUCUCCUUUCAUGCCUUCUGAUCCUUAUGAGAGAGCUGAAGCUAGAUUCUGGGUUGAUUUCAUUGACAAAAAGACAUAUGUAACAUGGAGGAAAAUGUGGCUUUCCGAAGGAGAAGAGCAUGAGGCAAGCAAGAAAGAGUUGAUUUCUAUUUUCAAGCAACUUGAAGAUGUAUUGGGAGACAAAACAUUUUAUGGAGGUGACACAUUUGGGUUUCUUGACAUUGCUCUAAUCACAUUUUCUCGUUGGUUUUAUACCUACGAGACUUAUGGAAACUUUAAAAUGGAAGUAGAGUGCCCUAAGCUAAUGGCAUGGGUCAAAAGGUGCUUUCAGAGAGAGACUGUGUCCAAGACACUCCCGGAUGACAAGAAGGUGUAUGAUUACGUGUUUGCUUGGGAGAAAAGACUUAAAAGUAAUAAAUAAAUUAAUUUUCCUCAACAUAUGUAUUUUCUAAGUUAAAUGUUAUCCUUUGUGUAAUUUGUUUUAUGGUAUUAUGCUGUGUUGUGUUUAUUAGGGAUGAUCUUGUGUUGUAUUUGAUAGGUUUUGGGGAUAUGGUCAUUCGUGGCUUUGAUAGACACUCUGGUGUGUCAAAUAUUUGAAGCUGAGGAGGGUUGAAUAAUUUUAUGUUUAUCUAAGUUGUGCAAUUAUGAUCAAUAAAAAAGCUUGUGUUAUAUUUGGCUUAUAAA